AUGAGCUCUUCUCAGUUUUGUCGGGCGUCGUACGAGAUUUUGUCUCCGCGACUGAUUGUUAGAACUGUUACAGAAUCUGACACAGAGUCCUUUCACGCCAUCAUGACAGCCCCGGAAAACUUCCCGUUUGAGCAACCAGAACAGGGUCUCAGUUUUGAAAAGCUUCGUGCUCGGAUUGAGAAAUUCGCUAAAAUGUCGGCGGAGGGCAAAAAUGCAUUCCUAGUCGUGGAAUUGCGCGAUACAAAUGAGCUGAUUGGGUACGGAGGGUACAACACCUUUGAAUCUGUCGCCCCGACCGAAUUCCUUGACCAGACGACACUUUCGGGAAGCGAAACGUACAUGACGGACAUUGGCAUCAUCAUCGACUACAAACAAUGGCGCAAGGGUUAUGGCCUCGAGUUGAUCAGCCUCCUUAUCGAGUAUGCCCACAACGAGCUUGGGUGCGAGGUGUUUAGGACAGAGACAGGCGACGACAAUGAACCUUGGCGAGCACUCAUGCGGGCAGCCGGUCUUUCCAGGUUCAAGGGACGGCACAAAGCAAGUUACGACGAGAAGCAGGAGGUUUGGGUCUGGAAAUUUGAUGCUGGACACUGGAGACAGGAGAAAGAAAGGAUGCAGGUUGAUGGAAAGUGGCCACUCUAG